CGGCGAAGGUGUACGCUGAGUGCCUAUUACCGGCCGUUGUUCCUGCUGCCUCCGCGCGCUCGCCCACCCGCCCACCAUGAAGACUAAGUUCUGUAACGGCGGCGAGGCCGAUCCUUCCCCGCUGGGGCUCCUGCUGGGGUGCAGCCCGGGCCCCGUCUUGCCCGCCAUCACCCAGUCGCCAUCGUCCGCGCCAUCGUUGGCUGCCUCUCAUGUCGAGGUCGAAGCGAAAGAGCUGGGGGUUCGGGGCCAGCAGCCGUUCGCCCUGCCGCCGCCCGCCCCUUCCUCUCCGCCGCUGGAGGAACAGCCCGACCCCCGCACUCGCCGCAAGGCGUAUCUGUGGUGCAAGGAGUUCCUGCCGGGGGCGUGGCGGGGGCUGCGGGAGGAUCAGCUGCGCAUCACGCCUAUCAGAGGAGGCCUCAGCAACAUGUUAUUCCAGUGCUCAUUACCUGAUACCAUAGAAACUAUUGGUGAUGAACCACGUACAGUUCUUCUUCGUUUAUAUGGUGCAAUCCUACAAAUGAGGUCCUGUAAUAAAGGAGGCUCUGGACAGGCUCAAAAAGAAAAUGACUUACAGGGUGCAGAAGCUGUUGUUCUUGAGAGUGUUAUGUUUGCCAUUCUUGCAGAGAGAUCUCUUGGACCAAAACUGUAUGGAAUCUUUCCACAAGGCCGGUUGGAGGAAUUUAUUCCUAGCAGGAAGCUGGACACUGAGGAACUAAGCUUGCCUGAUAUAUCGGCAGAAAUAGCUGAAAAAAUGGCUAGAUUUCAUGGUAUGAAAAUGCCAUUUAAUAAAGAACCCAAAUGGCUGUUUGGAACCAUGGAAAAGUACUUAAACCAAGUGAUGAGAAUCAAGUUUACCAGGGAGUCGCGUGUUAGAAAACUGAACAAGAUCCUGGGUUACAACCUGCCACAAGAAAUGAAAAGCUUGCGAUCCUUACUUGAAGGUACUUCAUCUCCAGUUGUGUUUUGCCAUAACGAUUGUCAAGAAGGAAAUAUCUUACUGCUUGAAGGCAGAGAAGAUUCUGAAAAACAAAAACUGAUGCUUAUUGACUUUGAAUACAGCAGCUACAACUAUAGGGGGUUUGACAUUGGGAAUCACUUCUGUGAAUGGAUGUAUGAUUACGUAUAUGAAAAAUAUCCAUUCUUCAAGGCAAACUUCCUGAAGUAUCCCACAAAGAAGCAGCAGCUCCACUUCAUCUCCAGUUACCUAGCUGCAUCUCAAAAUGGGUUUGAAAAUCUGAGCAAUGAAGAUAGGUCCAAAAUAGAAGAGGAAAUGUUGAUCGAAGUCAACAGGUUUGCCCUUGCAUCUCAUUUCUUGUGGGGUCUGUGGUCCAUUAUACAGGCAAAGAUAUCAUCUAUUGAGUUUGGAUAUAUGGACUAUGCACUCUCGCGGUUUGAUGCCUACUUUGACCAGAAGAGGAAACUCAAAGUGUGAAGGCUGAAGACAGGACAAUUAGUUUCUGUACUGUAUAAGGAAGGCAGCUGGGCAGAAAUUCCACUGUGCUUAGGCUACUGUAGUUGUAAUGAAGGUUUUGCAAAUUCCAACUACUCAGAUGCAAUGCUGAAGACUGCACAAAAUGGCUGUUUACUUUUUUACAGUUUGAUAAGUCUUUGGAAUGAGAAUUGACGGCUGCAGUAUAAUCUAACAGUGCAAUAUCAAGCUUUUAAUCUAGAAGGUAUUAUGAGGGAAGCUUUCAAUUUUAAUGUGAACCAUCCUGCACUUGAAGAGAAAACAGUGUUAACUGUGUGGGUACCUAUUUUUUAACAAAGGCAUUUUAGUGAAUACUGUUAAUGCAUUGUAUAUGCUACCGGUUAAUGGGGAACCACUAGAUAUGUGAAGGGAGAAUUGAUAUACUGUGAAGCUUGGCUGAAAACCUGUUUGUGAGCUGUUAUUCUCAUAGGGGAUGUCAAGCAAUUCAUUUCCAGAAAACAACUGGUUAACUAACACUAAUGCAUAAUGGCUAAAAAGCAAGAAAGGAGCUUUCACAAUCUGGCUUCUGUUCUGUUCACAUACUGAUAUCUUGAUGGAACAAGAGAAUGCAGAGAAAUCUCAGACUGGGAAUGUAAGAGUUACCUUCCCCAUUAGCUCAUUUCACAUCUUUGACCAAGGAUGUGUAUUGGCUGCUCAGCAACAAUUCUACAGUAUUGCAUUAUUUUUGUACAGGAAGUUCCCUGGGCUGGCAGCACUGGGAUUGAGUGCCUUGAAUUCCUCUAGCAGCCUCUCUUUGACUUGAAGGUAGAAAAGUGGGGUGAAUGAAAUGGGGAGUGUGCAAGAAACAUGUUUGACCAAUGUGGCAUGCUGGUGCCUUGUGGGGGCACAUUGCUCCUUGUUUAAACCCCUGACUUGCAGCUUGUUCUGCCAGAUAAGUGGAUGUCUCUUGUGCAAAAAAAUUGACAUAAGUGUGAACUCUACAGUAAGUGUUUAUGUUCUUUUAAGAGCUUCUAGAAAAAGUAUUCUUUGACCAUUCUUAUUUGACUUGUGCUUUCUGCUAACAUGUAUUGUAUGAAUAAAUUUUUUUAAAGUC